AUGCCUACGCAAACUACAGGACAGCGAAGCCGCCGGCAAACCGCCCCAUCGGGCAUGCCUCUGGACCUCAAGGCGAGCCAGAUUGAGAAGCUCGAGACUGUCCCAGACGAGUUAGACGUGUCUGCUGAGAUCCAUAAUGAACUUGAAUUUGCUCAGUGGUACAAUGAUGUUGAAUCCAGUUUGCUCGAAUCGAGUUAUGAUGAGUAUCAGGCUUGCCUUAACGAACUCCAGACGUCCAAAUCCCAUCUAGACACGCUGCUUUCAGACACAUCAUGCACACUUGAUCUUUUGUCGAGUCUCUCCGAAAAUUUCAAAACGGUCGAUGCGCAAACGUCCAACUUCCAGAAACAAUGCGAGGGGCUCCUCGCGGCUCAGAAGCGCGAUACGGAUUUGGUGACGGAUAUUGAGUACAAUCUUCAAUUCUACGAUUUUCUCGACCCUGCCUCUCGGAGGCUGAACGCGCCGGGUGCGGGAAAUACUGUGCGUGGGCAGGAUUUCUCAGACAUGCUAAGGCAACUAGACGAAUGCUUGGACUACAUGGAGGCACACCCGGAGCAAAAGGAAGCAGAAGUUUACCGAUCAAGAUACCGGCUUCUCCUAACGCGCGCUCUGACGCUCAUCCGAGGCCAUUUAGUUUCUUCCCUUCGUGAAGUAUAUGCAAGUGUUUCGAAAAAGGUCGCAGACAAGCAGCUCAACGACACUGCACUAUCCGCUCUUCUCUAUGCCAAGUUUCGGGUUGGCGCACCUGAAUUGAAGCAAAUUGGCCUGGAGAUUCAGAAGAGAGCCGUCCCGCCGUUAGACCCUGAUCAAGGCACAGAAGCUGAAUACCAAAGUCUUCUUAAUGAGCUUCAUACCAACUAUGCAGCUACUCGUGGAAAGCUGAUUAUACCAUUGGUCCGUAGGAGGCUGGGUGAGAUCGCACAGGCUCCGAGCAGCUCGAGCGAGUUGGUUUCAUUUGCUCGCGCAAGUAUCAGCUAUGUCCGAGGGGUUUGCUUAGAUGAAUUCGACUUGUGGAGCGAAUGGUUCCAUGGUCAGGGAGGUCUAUAUGAUUUUCUAGAGACCAUUUGUGAACCCCUAUACGACCAUUUGAGACCAAGAAUCAUUCACGAAGAUAAGAUUGUCAAGCUGUGCCAGCUUUGUACUCUGCUCCAGACUCGAUAUUUAUUUGACCAAGAGGAAGAGGCGGAGUAUACGGAUGUGAAUCAGCUUGAUUUCUCAACGCUAAUUCAACCAGCGUUGGAGGAUGUGCAGACCCGCCUCGUCUUCCGUGCGCAGGCUUUCCUUCGUGAUGAGAUUGAACGAUUCAAGCCGCGUCCGGAGGAUCUCGAAUAUCCUGCCCGCAACAAACAGCUUUCGAUAUCCGUAUCUGAGAAACAGAUAUCAGGAAGAAAGGUCUCGCAUACGGACGCGUACCUCAACCCGCCAAAACCAACCAAGUCAACCGAAGACAAUACGGACACGCCACUCGAGCAAGAUCUGAAAUGGGAUUAUGAGUCCCAAAACGCACCUGACGCGUGGUACCCGACCCUCCGAAAAGCUGUGUGGCUUCUGAGCCGGAUAUACCGUCUUGUAAAUUCCACCGUUUUUGAUGACCUUGCACAUCAAAUCGUCCAUCAAACGACGGACUCGCUUCACCACGCUAGCACAUCAAUAUCUAGCAAAUCUCCAACAGAUGGACAACUAUUCUUAAUGAGCCACUUGCUAAUAUUAAAGCAACAAAUCGUCGCCUUCGAUAUCGAAUACGUCGCCCCCGAAGUAUCUUUCGAUUUCUCUGGUGUCACAAGCACCUUCUGGGAACUCCGCGAGCGCGGCGGCCUCUUCAACCCUCGCAAUCUAAUGAGACUCGUCGGGCACGGUCUCCUCCCUCGAGUGGUCGAAAACAUGCUCGACGCCAAAGUCGAACUGGACGGACGGCUCAGAACAGCAAUCAACGACUUUAUCAACAGCUUUGCUAGUAAAAUGACCGCAUCUCUCCCGUCGAAGUUCGUUGACAAGCGAAACCUCCAACGCGGCGAACUUAUCUACCCAACGUGCAACAAUAUUGAAAACGAGGUCUCCCGCCUCCGCAAAGUUCUUGACGACUACCUCGAUGAUAUCCGUAUGAAGGAAACUCUUGUUGGUGCCGUUCAGGAUCGCGUCAUUCAAAUAUACGAAGAAUUCUUCAUUAAAUACACCUCCUCUGAGAAGAACAAGGGUGUUCCAGUCAGCAAGAAGGGCAAGGGUCGUGAAGAUGCUGUAUGGGAUGUCGAGACAUUUGCGGACUGGUGUGAGGGGGUCUUCCGGGUCGGUGUUGCAACACAGGAUGACGAUCAAGUUCCCAGUCGGAGUGUGAGUAGAACUGGUAGCUUGGGGUCUCAGUUUCGAUAG